AUGGCAUUGGGGAGCAAGGAAGUGGCAUUGGGGGAAAAGAACGUGGCAUUGGGGGAGCAAGAACGUGGCAUUAGGGAGCAAGAACGUGGCAUUUGGGGAAAAGAACGUGGCAUUGGGCAGCAAGGAAGUGGCAUUGGGCAGCAAGGAAGUGGCAUUGGGGGGGGGGGGGAAGAACGUGGCAUUGGGGAGCAAGAACGUGGCAUUGGGGGAAAAGAACGUCGCAUUGGGGGAAAAGAACGUCGCAUUGGGGAGCAAGAACGUGGCAUUGGGGAGCAAGGAAGAGGCAUUGGGGAGCAAGGAAGUGGCAUUGGGGAGCAAGGAAGUGGCAUUGGGGAGCAAGAACGUGGCAUGGGGGAAAAGAACGUGCCAUGGGGGAGCAAGAACGUGGCAUGGGGGAGCAAGAACGUGGCAUUGGGGAGCAAGGAAGUGGCAUUGGGGGGAAAAGAACGUGCCAUGGGGGAGCAAGAACGUGGCAUGGGGGAGCAAGAACGUGGCAUUGGGGAGCAAGGAAGUGGCAUUGGGGAGCAAGGAAGUGGCAUUGGGGGAAAUGAACUUGGCAUUGGGGAGCAAGGAAGUGGCAUUGGGGGGCAAGAACGUGGCAUUGGGGAAAAAGAACGUGGCAUUAGGGUGCAAGGAAGUGGCAUUGGGGGAAUAGAACGUGGCAUUGGGGAGCAAGAACGUGGCAUUGGGGAGCAAGGAAGUGGCAUUGGGCGAAAAGAACGUGCCAUUGGGGAGCAAGGACAUGGCAUUGGUGAGCAAGGAAGUGGCAUUGGAGGAAAAGAACGUGGCAUUGGGGAGCAAGAACGUGGCAUUGGGGGGAAAGAACGUGGCAUUGGGGAUCAAGGAAGUGGCAUUGGAGGAAAAGAAUGUGGCAUUGGGGAUCAAGGAAGUGGCAUUGGAGGAAAAGAAUGUGGCAUUGGGGGAAAAGAAUGUGGCAUUGGGGGAAAAGAAUGUGGCAUUGGAGGAAAAGAAUGUGGCAUUGGGGAGCAAGAACGUGGCAUUGGAGGAAAAGAACGUGGCAUUGGGGAGCAAGAGAGUGGCAUUGGAGGAAAAGAACGUGGCAUUGGAGGAAAAGAAUGUGGCAUUGGGGAGCAAGAACGUGGCAUUGGAGGAAAAGAACGUGGCAUUGGGGAUCAAGGAAGUGGCAUUGGGGGAAAAGAACGUGGCAUUGGAGGAAAAGAAUGUGGCAUUGGGGAGCAAGAACGUGGCAUUGGAGGAAAAGAACGUGGCAUUGGGGAGCAAGGAAGUGGCAUUGGAGGAAAAGAACGUGGCAUUUGGGGAGCAAGGAAGUGGCAUUGGAGGAAAAGAAUGUGGCAUUGGGGAGCAAGGAAGUGGCAUUUGAGGAAAAGAACGUGA